AUGUCAAGUGACGAACUACAACCAGAAGAUAUUGACGAUAAUCUUAUCAAUGAUAAUAAAUUAUCAGGAUUAUCACUAGUAGCUGAUCAAUUAAAAAAGUUGAAAGAUGAUGAAGAAGUUAAUUUUCAAGAAAGGGCUGUGGUGAUGGAAGCAGCCCCAACUCCAAAAUUAGAUGUUAAUAAACUCAAUGAAGGGAAAUCUGGCGAUAUUGAUGUUUUUUCGCCAUAUGGUACUAUUAGUAAAUCUGAUCAAUUGUACAUAUCAUGGAACACUAAAAAUGCCAAAGUUAAAAAUCCUUCGAAAGAUACGGUUAUUAUAACUAUUUGGUUAAAGGCAAUUUCAUCUGAUUUAAUGAUCCAAACUCAUAAAUGGUAUACUGGAAGUAUAAAAUUUGUACCGAUUGCAGCAAUCGCACCAGAUGGUAAAACUAAAUAUUAUGCUAAAUUAGUUUUAGUACAAAUGUCAGUUGGCGGUGGUAUACUUCAAGGCACGUCACCUUAUUUCACUUUCUCAUCUGAGCAUCACCCAACAACAGAAUCGUCACCGUCAAUCACUAAUCAUAUUAUAAAUCUUGCAGAAACUACAGCAGAAAUUUCAGAGACUCCUACAACUACUUCAACUAUUAGUAGUAAAUUUGAUUUUCUUUAA